AUGUCCGACAACAUCAAACCUUCUUCCCUAGAACCAUCCAUGUCACAUAACACCAAACCUUCUUCCUCAACAGCACCCAACACUAACCCUUCGAACACACAACCUCGUAAAAAACUUAUCAUCAAGCUCAGUUAUCCUCCUGGUUCAAGAAAACGCGAUUCAGAUUCUUGUGCCACAGAUGAAAACAAGAGAAGGAAGAUUCAAGAUUCUGUAAAACCAACCGUAUCCUGUUAUUGGGUUGAUUCAAAUUAUCAAACCAAAUCAACAGUUUUGUCUCAACCAAAGAAUAAUGGCAAUGUUGUUGAAAACAAGAAGAUCAUCAAGAACCAAGUUUCCAACACGACACCUUUGUCUCAACCAAAGGAUAAUGACAAUGUUGUUGAAGACAAGAAGCUGAUCAAGAACCAAGUUUCCAAAACAACACCUUUAUCUCAACCAAAGGAUAAUGACAAUGUUGUUGAAGACAAGAAGAUGAUCAUGAACCAAGUUUCCAAAACAACACCUUUGUCUCAACCAAAGGAUAACAUGAAGGAUUCAACAACGAGAGGUAAAGAAUGUGGGUUGAAGAAAGCGAUGGAGUGUGUUAAGAGGAGGCAAUGUUGGUUGAUAUUGAAGAGGAUGUUGGUAGACAGAGAUGGUUGGGAUUUGAAAGAUCCUCCAAAAAUAGCAAAGUCUAAUAAGUGUAAGAUAAAGGCAAUAGGUUUGAAGGAAAUAGAGAGAAAAAUGAGAUUGUAUGCAACAGAGGAUGAGUUUGCUAGCGACAUGAGACUUGUGUUCUCUAAUGCAAUGGUAAUGUAUCCUCCAAGGAAUCAUAUUUACCAAAUUGCAAAAAAGUUUAGUGACACUUUUGAACACAAAUGGAAGUCAUUGAAGAAUACGUGGGAACUUGAGGAUACAAAAGAAGCAACACUCAAAAGAGAUACUAAAGAGUGCAACAUGUUGUGUUCUUAUAGAAACUGUUCUCAAGUUAUAAACUGUUAG